AUGAUCUCUGAGGAGGGAUUCCUCACUGCCUUACCCUUUAGCGGUGGAGAACAGCGACUCUCUCAGCACUCGUCCGCUAUUCCACUCCGUGGAUCGCCGUCUCCUGUGCGCAGUGCGUCGGCGCUGUUUUCAUACACGGAAGCGGCGACGCCCACGUGGUACAGCGCGCUAAGUGCCUCUGCCUUAUAUCCGUCCACUUACCCGUUAGACCUCUAUACUUCAAGUGCCGCAUCGGUAUCCCACGCUGUACCACCUUCACUAUCUUACAACCCCUACAAGUACGGCAGCUGGGCAGAUCCAGCACCGCCGCUGGACUCCGCAACAGCAGCGGCACCGUCGACCGAGUCGAGAGUGCAUGCGGCUCUUGGAGAGGCGGAGCGGCAGAGGCAAAUCCUCCAGCUGGAACGAGAGCUCGCUGAGGAACAGCGGCAGCGGUUGGAGGCUCGCUUAUCACUGUCGUCCUCCUCGUCUGCUGCACGGCUCUCUGCGUCGGCGCCGGGGAGUAAGGUCUCUUCGGUGGAGGCUGCGGUUGCUGUACCGCAACGUACUGCGUCAGAGGCGUCGGUUUCGCCGCCACUCGAGGUGACCUACGAUGAAAUUGGCGGGGAGUUGCGGGGCUUCUCGAUGGAGACACCGGCACCGCCAAGCUCUCCGUCACCGCCAUCCGCACACGUUCACACCCGCCGCCAUGUGCAUGGAGCAGGUACCCACGUAGACAUCUCAGGUCCUGAUGCUGCGAGUAACAAGAGGCCACAGGAACAGCACAUCGAGCCUUGUGCGUCUCCAUCGCCCUCAUUAGCGGCACUGGCCAUUACCACCGAUGGCUUCGAUGGGCUGCCAGCGGUGUCUCUCCAGCCGCAGCCAUCCCAGACCCUGAGCCCUCGCCGUUGUUCUCCGGAGCGGUGCACCCCUACAAUGAAAGAAGCGCUGCCGUGUGUGACGGGGGAGCAGAGUACCUCUGCACACAUUACGCGCCCUGGGGCCUCGUCCCCUUCGCCAAAGCGGGCGCCUAUGCCGGCAGAAAAGCGCUGUACACCAGUGCGCCCUGCACCGUCGCCUCCGCCCUCUGAAGGCGAUCGAUCACAUGCAUCACUGUGCAACCCACACUCUGCGCAUCGAGAGGUGGCUGACGUGCACGAGGAUGAGGAGCAUCAGUACGACGUCUACAGGCAGAAGCUGGCUCGCAUACAAGAGGCGCUGCGCCCAUCCAGCACCUCUGGCGUGCUAUGCCGGACGGCAUCCCUCGAAGCUCACCGUGCACAUCAGCGACGCUGCCGUCUCACUACCCCGGCCCUGUGGCCGAGUGCACCGCCGCCACCACGACAGGGCCCCUCUUCGUACCUCUUCAAAGCAUCCGUUGAAACGACACCACCGUUGUCGUUUCCCCUGCUUCAUGCUACUGGCGAGCUUCCGCUAGUGCGGCGUGCACCCUCAACAGAAUCUUAUGCUGACUCAGUCGCUCCCCUUCCGCGCGGACGUCCGCGGCAACUAUGCUGGGAUCUCGCUCACAGCGGAAACGUUGUCAUGUCGAGCGACGGCUAUGCCUGCAAAGCGGACGCCACGGACGCGCUCACGCUGAUUGAGCGGGAGUACCACGGGCGACUGGAGGACGUGCUGCAGCGUCUGGUUAUCCCCUUUUACGCGAUGGGCAACCUUGGCGUGACACGCGGCGCUCUGACCUUCGCGUUCCGCUGGGCAUCCCCGGCGUUGACGCAUUGCGCUUCAGUGCGGCAGCGGCGCGACCGAGGAGGUAGUGGUGGUGUCGCGCAUCGGACACCUGCACUAGCGUUUGGAUUUGCCACCCGCGCCUUUACAGGCUACGGCACGGAAGCGCCCGCGUUUCUUUACCUGUCCACCGGAGCCAUCGCGCAGGGGGUGAGCACCACCACCUCAGCUGGCGCGGAGCGACCCUACGGUGCCCCGUACGAACCAGGGCUGGAGCUGGCGGCACGGCUGGACCUGGAGCGGGGUGAGCUGGAGUUUUACGUCGAGGGCGUCUCCAUGGGCGUCGCGUUUCGCUUCUUCCCCGCUCGCCACCCAGCGCCCCUCUUUCCAGUGGUCGUCUUCUCCGCCGACAGAGAUGCUGCGGAGCUUCUGUACUCUGCCUGA